CUGCAGCAUGGGGCGUGCUGAGGUAUUUGUUGGUGAGCUUCCUCAAGAUUUUCUUCGUAUAACUCCAACUCAGCAGCAACAACAAAUCCAACUGGAUGCCCAGGCAGCUCAGCAGCUACAGUAUGGAGGACCAAUGAGUACAGUGGGGAGACUGAGCAUUACUGUAGUACAGGCCAAAUUGGCAAAGAACUAUGGAAUGACCCGCAUGGAUCCAUACUGCCGAAUACGGCUGGGGUAUGCUGUGUAUGAAACCCCCACAGCACAUAAUGGAGCCAAGAACCCUCGCUGGAACAAAGUUAUUCAGUGCACUGUUCCUCCGGGUGUGGACUCUUUUUACCUAGAGAUAUUUGAUGAGCGAGCCUUUUCAAUGGAUGAUCGCAUCGCUUGGACACACAUUACAAUUCCUGAAUCUCUAAAACAAGGAAAUGUGGAGGAUGAAUGGUAUAGCCUGAGUGGAAGGCAGGGUGAUGACAAGGAAGGAAUGAUUAAUCUGGUGAUGUCAUACACGUCUUUGCCAGCUGCUAUGAUGAUGCAGCCCCAGCCAGUGGUUCUGAUGCCCACUGUAUACCAGCAAGGAGUGGGAUAUGUGCCUAUAGCAGGGAUGCCUGCAGUCUGUAAUCCUGACAUGGUACCUGUGGCAAUACCACCUCCUGCAGUCAAUCCUCAGCACCUGUGUAAUGAAGAGGACCUGAAAUCUAUCCAGGACAUGUUUCCCAACAUGGACAGAGAAGUAAUCCGCUCAGUGCUAGAAGCUCAGAGAGGGAACAAGAAUGCAGCUAUCAACUCCUUGCUUCAGAUGACUGAAGAAUCAUAGAAUCACUUCCUGCAUUGUCCCUUUCCUCAAUGCCACUUAUUUUUACUUGCCAAGCCAGGGAUUUAGCUAGAGGAAGAAUUUCCUAACAGUUUGCUGUUAGUGCAUCCUGUAUUCAAGAAUAUAUCCUCUUUUCUCCUUGAACAUUUGGAUCUUUUCACUUUCCUAUGCUAAACUGAGUAUGUACAGGUAGAGAAUGUCCUACAGUACAGUGCUGUAACAUCUUUGGUAUCACCUGUGCCCUUUUUGGCUGUAUUCUGAGGGAAUAAUGCUGCUUUUUUCCUUUCUCUCCCUCUUUUCAAAAACUUGUUCUUUCAGAAUAACUCUAUGCAGUACAGCAUUUACUACUGUUUGUUAGAUUGGAAAAAUUGCUUUUCCGACAGAGGGUUUGCUUUUUAAACAAUAUAUUUGCUGAAGUAUUUAGGCUUAACCAAGCAACCUGUUUAUAGCAGAAUUAAAAGACAAGCCUGCUCCUUGUCCUGCAGUGGUUAGUUACUGCUGUGAAAUAUUCAACUGCUUGUGAUUGAUGGAAGACUUUUGUCUAGUAAGUUAAAUUUCUAAGGUUGAGCUUGUUGGUAUUUCUAAUGAGCAUCUUCCCUUCAAUCUAGUUAUUGAGCACCAAAGCAGUAUGUUAUCUCAUGUGUAUUUAGGGCUUUUAUCUCACCAUAGAAUAUGGUUAUAUAUCUGUAAAAAGUCAUUUGUUAAGAUUUUAACUUGUGUAGUCUACUGCUACAGCAGAGAACAGGACUGAGCCCUAAUGUACUCCCACUGCAAAUUGCACUCAUACUGCUACUUCUGUGUUCCUAUGACUAUUCCAAAGGAUGAACACAGAAGGGCAGAAGGAAAGAUUUUGUACCUGGAGAAUUAAUGAAGCUGUAAAAACUUAAUGUAUUGCUGUUGAUUUAAAAAAAAAAAAACAUAGAAAUCUAGAUCUGUUUAAGGCUUCUUUCUUCACCUCUAUAUUUCAGCAAAAGAGCUAUUUUAUAUUAGUAGACAAACUAUUGUAUUUCUUCAUGUAAUUUGAAAUUAUAAACAUGGAAAGCAGUCUCAGAAUAGAGUGUCAUUGAGUUGCCCAGACACUUGUUGGUUGUGGUUGCUGUAGUCGCAAAAUGGUUGAGGUUGGAGGGCAGCUCUGGAGGUCAUCUGGUCCAACCCAAUUUAUUUGAUACAGAUGGAAAUAGUUCUUUGUGGGAGAAAAUGUAACAUAUCUGACUUAGUCUGAUCCUCAGAGGAGGUUAGAGGUUGCUUGUAUUUAUUAUUAGUGGUUUUUUUCCAGGAAACCAUGCAUCUUGGAGCUGCAGAAUCGUACAGUAGGCACCAGUUAUCCCGUUGGAUAAGUUUCUGCAGUGUCUGUUUUUGUAGAUGACAAAGUAAUGCACUUUAAGUAGUAUGUACCAGUUUAUUUUUUCAGUGAUGUGCAAUGUUGCUGUUUUAUCUUUUUUAAUGUUUGAUUUCAGAUACUUUCUACAAUAGCCAUAAACUGUUACAUUUUCAAGAGUAGGAAUGAAUGUACACUUGAAAUCCAGGCUCUUAACUGAUUCAUGAGAACUUUAAAGCAGAGUCUGGAAAUAGGGCAAAGGGACCCUUAUUCUCUUUUUUUCUUCAAACUCUGCUGCAUGUCACACACUUAAAAUAUUCUUUCAUAUCUGCUGAAAAGCUGGUUUUUUUUCUUGCCUACGCAUAAGAAAUCUUUAGGUAGCACUGGUGGUCAAAUAUGAAUAUUUAUUUUUUUAUGAUGAAAAAUGAUGCUGAAACUUUAAAGUACGGUAUCCAAAACUAUCCUGGUUCCUGAUCUUUUAAAGCUGUUUUUUCAUAAUAAACAACUUUACAUUUUGUUACAAAUCCCCCUACAGUUGUAAAUUUACCCUUGAAAGCAUAAAUAUCCUUACACAUCGUCCCGUGGUCUUAAUGAGAUUCAAGGGUACAGCUUUUGUGCUUUAGUAGGAGAGUCCCUGUAUUUUUUCUAAAAUAAAGCGGAUGUUCAUCAAGAAACUAGUCUUGUACCUUCCAUCCAGUUACUGUAAGUGUUGUGAUUAAAUAGGUGUGGAGGCCUUUGGUGUUUGUCUUCAUAGUACAGAAACUUGACGUUGUUGCACAAGAGGGUGAAUAUUCAUGAAGUUUUAACUCAGCUAUCUCCAGGAAGACUCCCCUGUGCUGACUUUCACUGAAAGUGAAUUGAUAGAGAUGUAACGAUUCAGGGAAAAUGUAUAUAUUGGGUGUUUUUAUAUUAGAAUGCUGGGAUCCUCAGUAACAGCUUUUUAUAAAAGCAGCAGUCGCAGUUCAACUUAAUGGGUGGUAAAUUGUACUGCAUCCUGUGACAGCUCCAUCUCAAGGUCUGAAUAAACACUUUUCAAUUCUAACCAUCGGGAGGAAUGAGAAUGUUAGGUUAGCUAGGCUUAUUCAUAAACUAGGUUCCAGGCCUCUGAGCAAACUGUAGCUCCUGUUAAAAUUUUUUUGCUGUCAUUGUUUUUUAUGCAAAUGUUAUGCAAAAUAGGGUAGGUAGGAGCUGAAGACAGGAGAUUUAGGUGUGGUAUGGCCAGUAGACGGGUUUCAACGUGUUAAACUGUACUCAUAUGCUGUUCUUGGGAUUUUUAUCUUGAUUUAAUUAAGCAUUAUAGCUGAAACUUUUAUUUCAAGAUCUUCUCCUUAUAGAAACAACACUGAUCGUGAUCCUACUCAGCUUUUCAGCAUACAUAGCCUCUCAGGCAAUCUGCUCAUUCAAGUUUGAAUUGGAGAGAGGUGAAUAAAGGUGGGAGUAGGCUGGUUUUCCUAGAGUCUGUGAAAUGAAAGCAUUGGAACCAAAAGUCUCAUUCUUGAUUAUAAAUUGUCGUUAUUGUUGUGGCUUUUGAUGAAGCGCUAAUGGGAUGAUACUAUCUGACACUGUUCUUCUGCUCAACAGCUUCAAGCAGCUUGGAGCCAAAGCCAGAUGUAAAAGCCUGGCACCUGCUAGAAGUGAAUGCUUUUAGUACUAAAUUGAGUCCUGCCAAGAGCCUGAACUUGCUAAGAAUAGGAACAUUUUUUGUCUAGCUAGAUCCUUGCUGCUUUCUUCUCUACUGCUGUUUGCAUCUGUUGAUGGUACUGAAUGUUUUUUCCCUUAAAAAUGUUAUUGCUUCUUUGGUUGAUCUGUAAUACAAUACAGAGGAUGUUUUUUGCUGUAAUAAUUCUGAAGACGUUGUUUCUCUCUGUAUUGAGGUCCAGUGUCCAAAUGUUUCUUGCACUCUAGAAUACAUUAACAUUUUUGUUCUAAUUUAAUAAAUGUAUCAUCUAAA